CUCGCUCCUCCACCUCAGCCAACAACAUGGCCUACAAGGUUUUCUUCGCGGUUGUCCUGGUGGUCGUGGCGUCGGCAGAGAAACUCCCCACCUACGGCCCUCCACCUCCCACUUACAACCCUCCAACUCCUUCCUACAACCCUCCUGUUCCCUCCUACAACGCUCCUGAACCAGUGGGUCCUGCCCAGUACAACUUCAACUGGGCCGUGAAGGACGACUACUCCGGCAACGACUUCGGCCACGACGAAACUCGUAAUGGCUACGACACUCAGGGAUCCUAUUACGUCCAGCUUCCCGACGGUCGCCUGCAGAGGGUUUCCUACACUGUGAACGGUGACUCUGGCUUCCUGGCUCAGGUUGAGUACCAGGGAGAAGCCCAGUACCCAGCCCAGCAGCCCAGCUACAAGCCCGCACCCACCUACCAGCCAGCACCCACCUACCAGCCAGCACCCACCUACCAGCCAGCACCCACCUACCAGCCAGCUCCAACUUAUUCCUAAUCUAGUCAUAGAUCACUUUUAGAAUCUUAAUAUGUAAUUGAAUAUAUGAAAAUACAAAAACAAAUAUAGAAUUUUUUCAUUUUAAUCGACAAUGAAAAAUGGUUGCUCAUCAAAGUAUGAUGACAAUGCUUUGAUGAGCUUUUGAAUAAAGUGUGUUAUUCA